ACAUAACACAUUAACUAUGGCGUAGAAGUUUGCUGCUAUUUCUUGCAGUCCAUUUUGCUGUUCCUACGCUGUCAGUGCGGCUCUCAUUUGCUUUUGCUGCCCACUGCUGCAACUUUGACAUCACAACUUCAACAGUUUUCACAAGCCCCUCCAAUCCAUCAUUCCAUUGUUACAGCCACCACUGUUACUCAGCAAAUUCUUCUCUCUAGCUACCAUUCCCCACUCAGAUUCACUCAAGAACAGAACCGCUGCGUUGGCUGAGCAAAACGCCCCACCAACUCCGGAACAAACAGAAGAAAUAUCGAAAAACCCCACUCAGAUGACGGACCACCAGCCUAAGAUGGAAAUAGCUUCUCCCAGUGCGGUUAUGAAACAGCCUAUCAUGGAAAGUGAUUCGGGGGAUGCUUGGUAUGCGUUCUCCAAUAUGCAGAAAUCCCCGACUGUCGAGGUUCAAGAAGUUGUCUCGGAUGAAACUGUCCAUCCUCAGGAAGAAACGCAAGGUUUAAUUUAAUUCACAGUUAUUUUAUCCUCUCCCCUAUGCAAUAAUUAUUGAGUGAUACUUUAGUAGUAUAUUACGAGUACUUUUGUUGUUGCAGGAAAACGGAGAAAUAUAUUUUUAUUUUAAUU